UGGUUGACCUACUCGUAAUCACAUCCUCUCUUACCCCUCUCCUCUCCUAGUCCAGAAUGACGUCACUUCUCUCAUCACCCCUCCUCCCGUCAUCUACCCCUGCCAUCCAAACUGGUACACACUAAUCCCGCAUGCUCUGUUUAACCAUCCUAUUACCUACUCACCCCUACUCCGCACCAGAUACCCCGAACCCCUCGGGCCAACUGCUCCCGUCGUGACUAGAGUAUCACGUGUCGCAUAACCAAAAACUCAAAAUAAGGACAUGGGGAAGUGCACACCUUGCACAUGUCGACUUCAACCGCGGAAUUUCUUCGAGCUUGAUUUGAUGGACUUGACUUGCUUGGUUUUUAGACCAACAGGCUUUUUAGUGUUCUCUUUCUUUUUACCCCUUUGGUCUUUUCUUUCUUUUUCUUUUUUGCCUUUCCCACUCUCCUCGUUUCUCCUCUUAUCUUACCCUCCCCCCUCCUUCUUUCUCCUCCCCCCUUCCCCUUUUUUCUUCGCUGUUCUUCUUCAUUUGUUCACUUUACUUCUUUUCUCUUUACUUCUACUCUUUCAUUUUAUUCUCGUACCAUCCUUGGCGAGUAGGACUUCUCUACUGUUCCUCCUAUUCCUUCUAUAUCAAGCACCAUCGUCGGCAACGUACAUCUUCCUUGGGAACUGCAACAUCCUUUCCCUUCCCUUUUUUCCCCACGGUCCGGCACAGGCGACCCCGAACCUCCAUCCUGCAGAGAUUACAACCACGUUGGAUCAUGCAACUUCCCGACAGGAAUCAUGCACGUAACCGGUGGCUCUUUCAGCUUCAGCGGCGGCCCCCCAGGCUCCCGCAUACAAAUACAGACGUCGUUGCCCUUUAUUUAUUUUUUUUUUUCUCACAACGUUCAUUGAGUCGAAUAAGAAAGAGGGGAAAAAGCACAUGUUUGCUAAUUUGAACCAAUGGUAUUUCCUUCCCAGAAUCCCCGAAAACGUCCCUUGAUAAUGCCAUUGCUGAGAAACCAGACAGGAUAUAUAUGCUUGAUACA